GCUGCUGCCGCCGCUGCUGAGACCCCGCGGGCGAUGGGAUGAAGAUGAGACGCUACAAGCUCUUCCUCCUGUUCUGUAUGGCUGGGCUGUGCCUCAUCUCCUUCCUGCAUUUCUUUAAGACCUUGUCCUAUGUCACCUUCCCCCGAGAACUGGCCUCCCUCAGCCCUAACCUCGUGUCCAGCUUCUUCUGGAACAAUGCCCCCGUCACGCCCCAGGCCAGCCAGGAGCCGGGCGGCCCGGACCUGCUGCGCACCCCCCUCUACUCCGACUCGCCCCUGCUGCAGCCGCUGUCGCCCAGCAAGGCCGCGGAGGAGCUCCACCGCAUGGACUUCGUGCUGCCCGAGGACACCACCGAGUACUUCGUCCGCACCAAGGCCGGGGGCGUCUGCUUCAAGCCCGGCACCAAGAUGCUGGAGAAGCCCCCGUCGGGGCGGCCCGAGGAGAAGGCGGAGGGGCCGGGCGCCGCGGCCCGGCCUCCGGGGCGGCGCCCGCUGACCACCCGGGAGCGCGCGGGCGGGCGCGGCGCGCGGCGCAAGUGGGUGGAGUGCGUGUGCCUGCCGGGCUGGCACGGGCCGAGCUGCGGCGUGCCCACCGUGGUGCAGUACUCCAACCUGCCCACCAAGGAGCGCCUGGUGCCGCGCGAGGUGCCGCGGCGCGUCAUCAACGCCAUCAACAUCAACCACGAGUUCGACCUGCUGGACGUGCGCUUCCACGAGCUGGGCGACGUGGUGGACGCCUUCGUGGUGUGCGAGUCCAACUUCACGGCCUACGGGGAGCCGCGGCCGCUCAAGUUCCGGGAGAUGCUGACGAACGGCACCUUCGAGUACAUCCGCCACAAGGUGCUCUACGUCUUCCUCGACCACUUCCCGCUGGGCGGCCGGCAGGACGGCUGGAUCGCCGACGACUACCUGCGCACUUUUCUGACGCAGGACGGCGUGUCGCGCCUGCGCAACCUGCGCCCCGAUGACGUCUUCAUCAUCGACGACGCCGACGAGAUCCCCGCGCGCGACGGCGUGCUCUUCCUCAAGCUCUACGACGGCUGGACGGAGCCCUUCGCCUUCCACAUGCGCAAGUCGCUGUACGGCUUCUUCUGGAAGCAGCCGGGCACGCUGGAGGUGGUGUCGGGCUGCACGGUGGACAUGCUGCAGACGGUGUACGGGCUGGACGGCAUCCGCCUGCGCCGCCGCCAGUACUACACCAUGCCCAACUUCCGCCAGUACGAGAACCGCACCGGCCACAUCCUGGUGCAGUGGUCGCUGGGCAGCCCCCUGCACUUCGCCGGCUGGCACUGCUCCUGGUGCUUCACGCCCGAGGGCAUCUACUUCAAGCUGGUGUCGGCCCAGAACGGCGACUUCCCGCGCUGGGGGGACUACGAGGACAAGCGCGACCUCAAUUACAUCCGCAGCCUGAUCCGCACGGGGGGCUGGUUCGACGGCACCCAGCAGGAGUACCCGCCGGCCGACCCCACCGAGCACAUGUACGCCCCGAAGUACCUGCUCAAGAACUACGACCAGUUCCGCUACCUGCUGGACAACCCCUACCGGGAGCCCAAGGGCCCCGACGGGAGGGCGCCCGCCAGGAGCAAGGCCGACGCGGUGGAAGGCUAAGGCUGCGUGGCCGGGGCCGUGGCAGGGUGGAGGGUGGCCGCGCCCGUCGGGAUACCUUCCUGCCUCCUUCGGCCCCCUGGGUGGUUCUU